UGCUGAAUUCUCAAAGUGAUUUUCAAAAGCUUUUGGUUGCUAGUACUAAUAAUAGAUAGGACCUAUCAAGGACCUUAACAUGCCACUACAAGGGGUGCAACUCAAUAUUCAAGAUAAUCAUGUGAUGUUGGAUAAUGGAAUCCUGCAAGUUACACUUUCAAAUCCAGAAGGAAUUGUCACUGGCAUACAGUAUAAUGGCAUUGGCAACUUGCUUGAAGUUCUUAAUGAUGAAUCUAACAGAGGGUAUUGGGACCUGGUUUGGAGCACACCAGGAAGCACAGGAACAACUGGAAUUUUUGAUGUGAUCAAAGGAACAAGCUUUAAGGUUAUAGUGGAAACUGAAGAACAAGUGGAGCUCUCAUUCACACGAUCAUGGGAUCCCUCCUUAGAGGGCAAGCUCAUUCCAUUAAACAUAGACAAAAGGUUCGUGAUGCUUCGUGGCUCCUCAGGAUUCUACUCAUAUGCAAUCUUUGAGCAUUUGAAAGAAUGGCCUGGUUUCAACCUGGCAGAGGCCAGAAUUGCAUUCAAGCUUAGAAAAGAAAAGUUUCACUACAUGGCAGUGGCUGACAAUCGGCAAAGAUAUAUGCCCUUACCUGAUGACCGUUUGCCGCCAAGAGGCCAAGCCCUGGCCUAUCCCGAGGCUGUCUUGCUUGUCAAUCCUGUCGAGUCUGAGUUCAAAGGAGAGUUGGAUGACAAGUACCAAUAUUCAUGUGAGAACAAAGACAUCAGGGUACAUGGUUGGAUUUGCAUGGACCCAUCUGUGGGGUUUUGGCAAAUCACACCUAGCAACGAGUUUCGAUCUGGUGGACCCGUCAAACAGAACUUGACAUCUCAUGUUGGCCCCACCACCCUUUCUGUGUUUCUCAGUGCUCAUUAUAGUGGGGAAGAUUUAGUGCCAAAAUUUGUCGCUGGAGAGGCUUGGAAGAAAGUAUUUGGUCCUGUUUUUAUGUAUUUGAAUUCUGUCCUGGUUGGAGAUGAUCCUCUUUCACUUUGGGAGGAUGCCAAAGAACAGACGGAGAUUGAAGUCCAAAGCUGGCCCUAUUUUUUUCCAGCUUCGGAAGAUUAUCCAAAGUCAGAACAGAGGGGGAGUGUGAGCGGCAGACUACUUGUCAAAGACAGGUUUGUUAGUGAUGAUUAUAUAUCAGCAAAUGGAGCUUAUGUUGGAUUGGCCCCACAAGGAGAUGUUGGAUCAUGGCAAAGGGAAUGCAAGGACUAUCAAUUCUGGAGUAAAGCAGAUGAGAAUGGUUAUUUCUCAAUUAACAGUAUACGUACGGGUGAUUAUAAUCUUUAUGCAUGGGUUCCUGGUUUUAUCGGUGAUUACCGGUGCGAUGUUGCCAUUACCAUUACCUCAGGUUGUGAUAUUAAUAUGCAUGAUCUUGUGUAUGAGCCUCCAAGAGAUGGCCCAACAUUAUGGGAAAUAGGAAUUCCUGAUCGUUCCGCUGCAGAGUUUUAUAUUCCUGAUCCAAAUCCUAUGUACAUCAACAAACUCUAUGUUAAUCAUCCUGACAGGUUUAGGCAAUAUGGACUGUGGGAUAGAUAUGCUGAACUAUAUCCUGAUGGAGACUUAGUAUAUACAGUUGGUGUCAGUGACUAUAGAAAAGAUUGGUUCUUCGCUCAGGUUAACAGGAAAAAAGAUGAUAAUACGUACCAGAGAACUACAUGGCAAAUCAAGUUCAAACUAGACAAUGUUGAUAAAAAUGGCAUUUAUAAACUGCGUGUGGCAAUUGCAUCAGCAACUGUUGCUGAAUUGCAGGUUCGAAUUAACGAUCCAAAAGCGAAUAUUAUAUUUUCGAGCGGAAUGAUAGGGAAGGAUAACUCAAUCGCAAGACAUGGAAUCCAUGGACUUUACUGGUUGUACAACGUAGAUGUACCAGGCGUUCGACUUGUUCAAGGAGGUAACACAGUCUUUUUGACACAACCAAGAAGCAGCAGCCCCUUUCAAGGGAUUAUGUAUGACUAUAUUCGUUUAGAAGAACCUCCUGCUUCUGCUCCAAAUAAGAUAAUAUAAGAUUAAAUAUUUUGAUUUUAAUCAGUUUUCUUUUCUUCAAUUAAAAUUUAUUUGUGGUUAUUGUUCAUGUAGUGUAAGAUUUACCUUAGCCUAUUUCCAUUUUUCUUGAUAAUCUUAUUAGUUGCCUCCAA